AUGCUCAAACAAGGUCUAUACCAUCUCCUGGCUUCCCAGCUAUUUGGUGCAUUGGUCCUGGCGAACGGUCGUGUGUCUAUCGAUCAGGCAGAGGAAUAUGGCAGUCAGCGAGAGUGUUCUCAGAACUUGUGUUUCGAGGGCUCACUCGGUAGCAACCGGAUUGGCUCCGAGCUAGGCUGUCAUCCUCCCCUUAUGGAUGACUGUUUCUGUCGCCUGGACUUGCAGGCAUCAGCUACGUCUUUCUUGUCAUCGUGUGUGAACAAAUACUGCGAGAGUAAUACCAUAGACCUAACUCAUGCUAUCAAUAUCUACACGGGAUACUGUGCCAAUGCCGGAUACCCAAGCGGUGGCGCAACCCCAUCUUCAAGCUCAUCCAGACAGACAACGACCGAAAGUAUUGUGUUUAUAUAUCUGAAUUUGCAUAUUCUUCCCCCGAUCCGUUUCAAGUCCCGAGUAACUGAUUGUUAUACUAUCAGAAACCCCAACACAGACCCACACUGUGCCAGUUCGCUCCUCUUCAUGGGAGACACAACCAUCCACCGGCACCAGUAA